CGCGGGCCGCCGGGAAGUUGGGAGAGCGGCGUGCGGGAGCGCGCGCGCGCGCGCACGCGGGAUCGGGCCGCGAGCAGCCGCGGCCGCCCGGGUUGCCUCGCCGAGCCACCCGCGCUCCCGACUCGGCUGCUCAGGAGGGAGCGGCCAGUGGGCCCGCAUCGUGUCAGCGAGGUUCGAGGCCCGGCUGCCGUGGCCUCCCCCUUCUGGUACCUGGGCCGCCCGGAGGAGCCGGGGCCGGAGCGCGGCGGGCUGACUGGCCCCGGGGAGCUGACACUGCUGGACACCAAGGCGGAGGUGCACGUCUGGCGGUCGCCUGGAGCCGGGAGGAGGCCGAGGGGACCAUGUCCGGGAGGAACCACCACCUCUCCACCACCGAACGCGUCAUCAAAGCUGUUCCCUUUCCUCCAACCCAACGGCUUACUUUGAAGGAAGUAUUUGAGAAUGGGAAACCUAAAAUUGAUAUUUUGAAAAACCAUUUAGUGAAGGAAGGGCGACUGGAAGAGGAAGUAGCCUUAAAGAUAAUCAAUGAUGGGGCUGCCAUCCUGAGACAAGAGAAGACCAUGAUAGAAGUAGAGGCUCCAAUCACAGUGUGUGGUGACAUUCAUGGACAAUUCUUUGACCUGAUGAAGUUGUUUGAAGUUGGAGGAUCACCUAGUAACACACGCUAUCUCUUUCUGGGUGAUUAUGUGGACAGAGGCUAUUUCAGUAUAGAGUGUGUGCUGUUUUUAUGGAGUUUAAAAAUUAAUCAUCCCAAAACAGUGUUUCUGCUUCGAGGAAAUCAUGAAUGCAGGCAUCUUACAGAGUAUUUCACCUUCAAACAGGAAUGUCGAAUCAAAUAUUCCGAACAGGUGUAUGAUGCAUGUAUGGAGACAUUUGACUGUCUUCCUCUUGCUGCCCUCUUAAACCAGCAGUUUCUGUGUGUACAUGGAGGGAUGUCACCUGAAAUUACUAGUUUAGACGACAUUAAGAAAUUAGACAGGUUUAAAGAACCUCCAGCCUUUGGGCCAGUGUGCGACCUGCUCUGGGCUGAUCCCUCAGAGGAUUACGGCGAUGAAAGGACCUUGGAGCACUACACUCACAACACGGUCCGAGGGUGCUCGUAUUUCUACAGCUACCCUGCAGUUUGUGAAUUUUUGCAGAACAAUAAUUUGUUAUCAAUAAUCAGAGCCCACGAAGCCCAGGAUGCUGGGUAUCGAAUGUACAGGAAGAGCCAAACAACAGGCUUUCCGUCACUCAUUACAAUUUUCUCUGCCCCCAAUUACCUAGAUGUCUAUAAUAAUAAAGCUGCUGUGCUAAAAUAUGAAAACAAUGUCAUGAAUAUCAGGCAGUUUAACUGUUCUCCACACCCCUAUUGGCUUCCAAACUUUAUGGAUGUUUUCACAUGGUCUUUGCCAUUUGUUGGGGAAAAAGUCACAGAGAUGCUGGUUAACAUUCUCAACAUUUGCUCUGAUGAUGAAUUGAUUUCCGAUGAUGAAAUUGAAGAUCACUACAUUUCAAGCUAUCGGAAAGGAGGCACUACGGUUCGAAAGGAGGUCAUCAAGAAUAAAAUCAGAGCCAUUGGGAAGAUGGCACGGGUCUUCUCAAUUCUGCGAGAAGAGAGUGAGAGCGUGCUGACUCUUAAGGGCUUGACUCCAACAGGAACACUCCCUCUAGGUGUCCUCUCAGGAGGAAAACAGACUAUUGAGACGGCCACAGUAGAAGCGGUAGAGGCCCGGGAAGCCAUCAGAGGGUUUUCACUUCAGCACAGGAUCCGGAGUUUUGAAGAAGCCCGAGGUCUGGACCGAAUUAAUGAGCGGAUGCCACCCCGAAAAGACAGCCAGUACCCCGAUGGGCCAGUGAAAUUGGUGGGCCCUGCACAGUCCAGUGCUGCGCACAGGAGUGACAGGGGGAGAAGAGCCAAUAGUGACGCAGAGCCCUGCUGUGGCACAGGUGGAUCCAAAACUUAGGAACAAAUUUUAUUUAUUUCUUAUUGGAAAACAAAACAAAAACAACUUUAACAACUUAAACCUGGAGGUGCAUUCAUAAUUCACUCUGCAUUUAUGCUGUAAGAAAGGUGACCAUUUUAUAAAUUGUUUUUAAUUUAUGUUUAAUAUAUAGAAAAAGUGCAUCUGUUUUGUUUUUCCCUUUUUUUCCUACUUUUGAAGAACUGAUCUGAUUGUCUGAUACAUAUGUGAAGUUCUGUGCCGCAAAGGGGACCUUCCCCUAAUAAAAGGGCCUUGGAAACCUCCACCCUGGUUUCAAACUAGC